AUGCGUUUCCCAAAGGCUCAGGGGCUGCCUUUGGUCCUCCUGUCCUUCGCAUCCAUCAUCACCUCCGCCGCCGCCGAAUAUGUUCUCUACACGACGUCGCUCAGCACCUGCCAGGCCGACUCAGGCUUCUCCGCCAGUCUGUUCGAUGUCGUCUACACGCCUGGCAAUAAUUCCAUGUCCGUCGACAUGACGGCGUCUUCUACCGUGUCAGGAAACGUUCUGUUCGACUUCGAGAUCACCGCCUAUGGAUUUCAAAUCAUGCGGAAGACGAUCGACCCUUGUACCGCUGGUGAGGAGUUUGCAGGCUUCUGUCCUAUGAGUCCAGGCAACCUGAAUAACCCUUUCACCCUUCCCGUCGAUCCGAGUGCCAAGAGCGUCAUCCCCAGCAUCGCCUACACCUUCCCGGACAUCGACGCCAAGGUGAAGGUCUUUAUCAACAACACGGACGGAUCUCCGGUUGCCUGCGUGUCGGCCUCUGUCUCGAACGGAAAGACGGUUGAUCUUGUGGCGGUCAAAUGGGUCACAGCCAUCGUCGCCGGUCUUGCCCUUGCGUCCUCGGCCCUCAUGUCCGGCCUCGGCCAUCAAAACGCUGCAGCCCACGUCGCUGCCAAUGCUCUGGCUCUCUGCAGCUAUUUCCAGUCGCAGGCCAUUGUCGGUCUCGUCGCUACACCCCUCCCGCCCUCGGUUGCCGCCUGGACGCAGGACCUGUCGUGGAGUCUGGGCAUCAUCAGGGUCCAGUUCAUGCAGGACAUCUUCACAUGGUAUCAGCGGUCCACGGGUGGCACUGCGGCAAACAUUUUCGACUCCCUCAACCAGGUCUCUGUGCAGGUGCAAAAGCGGUCGAUGGCCGCCCUUGCGGGGCCGACUCAGAAUACUGGGCUAUUCCGGAGGGCUGCUGCGAUGGCACCGAAAGCAGACAAGGCGCUUCUUAAGAGUGGCCUUUUCCGUAGGGCUGUUGCAAUGAUGCCCAGGGUUGAUACAGUUGCGGGACAUGUCUCCAGCCUUGCGAAGCGAUCCGGAAAUAUCAAGAGCAGCUCUGGAGAUUACGUGGUCACGGGGAUUCAGCGAUAUGCCUACCAGGCCAAUAUUGAGACGACAAACUUCUUCAUGACCGGCCUGAUCUGGUACUGCAUUUUCUUGGUCCUCAGUGCGCUGGCUGUGGUCACAUUCAAGUAUAUCUGCGAGGGCGGUGUCAGGGCUGGAUGGAUGGGAAGCGAGACUUUUGUUGAGUUCCGACGCGACUGGCGAACCCAUCUGAAGGGCAUUCUGUUCCGCAUCAGCCUCGUCGGCUUUCUUCCACUCUCAGUCUUGUGCCUCUGGGAGCUCACGCAGGGUGACUCUCCGGCGGAGAUGGUCUUGGCCGUAGGGUUCUUCUUGGGUCUGAUUGUGUCUCUUGCCUGGGCCUCAUGGAAUGUCUUCCGCAUGGCAAGACGCUCUAUCGCUCUGCACAAGAACCCAGCCUAUGCUCUCUACUCUGACCAGCAUGCGCUCAACAAGUGGGGCUUCCUGUACAUCCAGUUCCGCGCUUCCGCCUACUAUUUCAUCAUCCCCGUGCUCUUCCACACCCUUCUCAAGGCCAUGUUCAUCGCAUUUGGUCAGGGUUCCGGGGUCACCCAAGCCGUGGCGCUCAUUAUUCUCGAGGUCGCUGCCCUCAUCGCCACCAGCGUCCUGCGCCCAUACAUGGACAAGUCAACCAACGCCAUAAACGUGACCAUCUGCGUUGUCAACUUCCUCAACGCCGUCUUCCUGCUCAUCUUCACCGACGUCUUCGACGGGCCGGGCCUCAUGAUUGGUAUCGUGGGCAUCCUUCUGUGGAUUCUCAACGCAGCUGUGUCCCUGAUCCUGCUGCUGAUCCUCAUCAUCACCACCGUGGUCAUCUUCUUCAAGUCCAACCCGGACAACCGCUACCAGAUGGCUGACGACCGGACCUCAUUCAUGAAGUCCGGUUCUGUGCUCAACACAACACAGCAGCUGGAUGCCCUGGCCGCCGCUGCAAGAGGCGAUCAUGGCGACGGUGGCUAUGUGAAGGCACCUCUCGAAGAUGAGGACGACGAGGACUCGAUUGUGCCGUUAGGCUCGUCCACGGCGAACCUGCCGGGCCACAGAGGCAUUGCCGUCGGCAGGAGGUCAGACAGGAACAGCGGGACAAGCGACGAGAUGAAUGAGAAGAUGCGACCGUCGUCAGUCCCGAGCACGAAUGGGUCGUCAGCUAGCAUGCGGAUGGAUCCAUCCCGGGUGCCCGUCCCAGUAAGCCCGUUAGCAAGCAGCAGCGGAAGCCCGAGCUCGGCGUCCAGUGGAGUGACAGGGCAUAGGGCGGCGAAUAAUGCGAGGUGA